CCGGCUGCAGACAAAGUCUCGCGAGGCUUCAUGCCCCCUCCCUCUCUCUUUCUCGGCCGCUCUCCCAGAGACAGGCCAUGUUUAGCAGCAGCGCCAAAAUCGUGAAGCCUAAUGGCGAAAAGCCAGACGAGUUCGAGUCUGGCAUUUCCCAGGCUCUUCUGGAGUUAGAAAUGAAUUCUGACCUGAAGGCUCAGUUACGAGAGCUGCACAUUACAGCUGCUAAAGAAAUUGAAGUUGGCAGUGGCAGAAAAGCAAUCAUUAUCUUUGUGCCAGUACCCCAACUGAAGUCUUUUCAGAAGAUCCAAGUACGGCUAGUGCGAGAGCUUGAAAAAAAGUUUAGUGGUAAACACGUUGUCUUCAUUGCACAGAGGAGAAUUUUGCCAAAGCCAACUAGGAAAAGUAGAAACAAGAACAAACAGAAGCGUCCCAGAAGGUAAAUAUCCUUUUUUUUUACUUUACAUUGAGCAGUUCAGCAGAAGUGAUAUUUGGUGCAU